UUCCUUCAACAACACAAUCAUUUUAAAUCAUUUUUGGAAGUAUUCCGUUUAAAUCCAGAGAAAUUCGAUAAAGAUCUCGAUGUAGUGUCUAUGUUCCUUGCCCAGGUUUGAGAAUAGAAAAGUUCGUCGAGCAAGUGGAUUGAGAAAUUUUUUUUCUUAACAACAAUCAGUUAUUACAAAUUAAAAAAAAAAAAAAAACUAACCAUGGAGGAGUGUGUCGAGGCUCUAGGAAAAACGAUUAUUUGUCGAGAUAAUAUAAUUCGACGAUUUUAUUCUUUAAUCGCUCCAAAUGAACCGUUGCCGGAGUUUAUUUUUGCAUAUGGUCACAUUGCGAGUGGAAAAUCACUUAUCAUUCAGAGUAUUGUGAAUCAUUUAAAAUACAAAUACUCGGUGAUCAAUUGCGUUGAUCAUUUAACCAACAAACACAUGUUCGAGGACAUUCUCAUGGAUCUCACCGAUAUAAAUUUAAAAUCGGAAGAUAAUUUUAAAUCUCCAUUCAAGGUUGACUCAUUAAUGGAUUUUAUUUUGCAACUACGCUUUCUAUUCACCAAUGAUGAUGAUCCAAUAAUAAUUAUCUUCGAUAAAUGCGAAUAUCUAAGAGAUAAACCGAUACUUUUUCGCAGUCUUCUACGUCUUCGGGAAUUAUCAGAAAUGAAUGUUUGUCCAAUUUUUGUCACUGAUCUUACGUGGGAUAAAUUUUUUUCCAUCAUUAAAAUUAAGAUGUCAAUUAAAUUUUAUUUUCCACCAUAUACACAGCAGGAGACGGCAAGAAUUUUAUUGUUCUAUAAACCCAAGGGAUGUGAUGAGACAUUUUAUAAAAAUUAUUUAAAUUUAUUUUUAUCAGUGUUUUAUCGAUUUUGUCGUGAUUUGAAUGAGUUGCGUUAUAUGGCGUCAAUUAAUUUUGAAAAAUACAUAGAACCAAUUACAGACGGAAAAUGUACUUCCGAUGAUAAUAAAAGUCUUUGGUUAAAUGUGGUGAAUGUCUUCAAAAAAAAUUUAGAAGUAAUUUAUUUACGUGUCUCGUCGGAUGAUUUUGUUCAAAAUGAACAAUUGUCGAAUGAAAUUGGAUCAAUAACAAAAUUGGCACAAAGCUUUGAACUUCCGAUUUAUGCAAAAUAUAUUUUAAUAGCCUCAUUUUUGGCCUCAUAUAAUCCGGUGAAAGAGGACAAAUAUUUAUUUAUGAAAGGAACGAAAAAAAGACGUAAAAGAGCACAUGUCAGUAUGAAAAAACAAGUUCUCAAUACGCAAACGGGACCUAAAACUUUUCCAUUUCAAAGAAUGUUAUCGAUUUUUUGUUGUAUUGUCGAGGAAGAUGUUGAUAUUAAUACUAAAGUUAUUUCACAAGUUCCAACCAUGUGCGAAUUGGGAUUGCUUACACCUGUCGGCGAUUCAAAUAUCGAUGAACCCAAGUUCAAAUGUUGCGUGAGUUAUGAUUUUGCAAUGGUUAUCUCGAAGAUAAUUAAUUUCCCGUUAAAAAAUUAUCUCUACGACUUUAUGCAUCAGUAAUUCGUAAUAUUUGACAUUCUUUCACGAAAAUAAUUUUUUUUUGUUUGAAACACUUCACGUACGGUACAAAUAUUGACUUUUGAAAUUGUUCUUUUUUUGAAUUAGAAUAUAAGUUUUCAUUGAUGAAUCUCGACUAUUUAUUAAUUUAUUAUUAAUUUUUUUGUACUUUUGUAACAUUUUUGAAUAAAGGUAUUUUUAAAGAGAAAA